AUGAAAAUCAGUGCUGGAACUCUCGUGGACUCUGUGGACAAAAAACUUGCGUUUGCCGACGAGCUUGCUGUUGGAAAUAUUGAGGUUAUGUCUCAAAUUGUUGUUCUUGGAACUCAAGUGGUUGGUCGAGCUUUCGCCCGAGCGAUUCGUCAAGAAUUUGCUGCAAGUCAAGAAUCUGCUCGUCGAGGCGGAGGUGGUCAACAAGGUGCAAACCGCGCUGCAGCGAACGCUAGAAGUGGAAUUACUCUGGAGGAAGCCCAGCAAAUUUUAAACGUCGAAAAAUUGGAUAACGAAAUUAUUAAGAAGAACUAUGAAUAUUUAUUUAAUGCGAAUGAAAAAAGUAAAGGAGGAUCAUUUUAUUUACAGUCAAAAGUUGUUCGUGCUAAGGAGAGAUUGGACAAAGAAUUAGAAUUUGCUGGUAAAACAGAGGGAAAAAAUGAAUAA